AUGGCCACAGCCUCUUCUCCCCACCUCCACUGUCCGAUCUGCACAGAGAUCUUCACUGAGCCUGUGUCUCUCAGCUGCCAGCACACCUUCUGUAAGAGCUGCAUCCAACAAAGCCUGAAGACCCUUCAGCAAUGUCCGCUGUGCGGAUCUUGCCUAUUCAGAGACACAACCUUCGAAAUCAACAAGCCUAAACCUAAACCUAGACUUAAAUUUAAACCUAAAUCUGAAGGGGUGGAACAGUCUUCCGAUCAUGGUGAAUGGAGACAGAGAACCACAGCAGGACAAGACAUGUGUUCUAAACACAAUGAAAUCCUGCAACUGUUCUGUGAUACAGACAAACGGCUCAUCUGUGUUGUCUGCAGAGACGGGAAAGCCCACGCAGGACACAAGUUCAAACCUGUGAAAGAGGCGCAAGAUGACUUCAUGGAGAAACUAGUCUCUGACUUAAUCUACCUUCAAGAGGAUAUCAACAAGGUGGUCAGGUUCCUGGAACGCGAGCGAGGCAUCACGGCGAACACGCGGGAGAGAAACGUCAGACUCAAAGCCGAGAUAAACUCCCAGUUUGAGGAGCUCAGAGAACAGCUGAGACUGAGAGAGGAGCAGGCCAUGAGGGAGAUAGAGGAUAUGGACAUGGACUUUGAAACUAAACUAACCGAGAUAGAGGAAGUGUUGGGGGAAGGCUGGGAGAGACAGGCCAUCUUAAAGUCAGCGAUGAACAUUGCUGAGCCCAGGGAGUUCGUCAUGUGGUGGACAGAGAAGGGUGAGGCCGAAGCGAGGCUGGUGAGGGAGGUUGGAAAGCUGCAGGGACCUUUGAUGAGGAAAUGCCCCUCUCCCAGUCCCCAGAAACCCUGGACAAUCCUGGACCUAUCUGCCACACAGUCCAAACCAGCCAUCACACUCCCCAACCCAGUCAUGACACAACGUGGCCCAGCCGGGACAGAAUUGGGGAGCCUGCUUGGCUUCCUGGACUCAGAGGGUCUGAAGAAAAGUCUUUCUAGAAGCAUCUCUCACCCCACAGAGACCAAAUCCAACCCAUUCUUUAAAAAGAGUCAUUCUAAAAAAGAUAAGAGUACAUUUCAUGUCAGUUUUUAGAUGCUGAGUCAUGUCUCAAAAUGAUUUUCCUCUUUACAAACUGAUUUUGCUCUUGUAAUCUGAUUACUUUUAUUGAUGUGAUUGAUUUGAAUGAAUAGUUUGUAUUAUUUUUUAUAGUUUUAUUUUAAUAGUUGUAUUGAUUUGAAUUGUUGCACUGAGAAACAAAUUAUUGUGUGCAUUUGAAAUGAAGAUUUCUUGUUCAAUUUUAGCAUUAACGAUUAAUGCAAUGAAUUCUCAAGAUCAAUGGAUUUAUAUGGAUGAAUUUUUAAAACGGUCAAACUGUGACCUAAGCAAGGAAACCAUAAAUAUUUGAAAACAUGGUAUACAGUGUUACACCUAUUUUGUUUAUAUAAAACACGGCAAGCCACAUCUCUUUCUGAAUGACCAACCAAAUAAUGUAUUCUAUUAUCUUAACUCCCUGUACCAAUGUCUAUUUCCACAGCUUUAUCAAGUCCAGAACAUA